AUGAAGGGCGUCACAUCUGAAGGAGUUAUUAAAGAGGCUGCCGGGAUCAUUCUAAACACCAAUCGGCCUGGGCAUUAUGGCAGCAUGCAUGUUAAGGUCACCGUGUCCAAGAAGCCUGGCACCAAAGGCGGUGCGCUGGUGGAGACGUAUGGUUGGGCUCACUUGAGUGUCGGUGAUGAAACUCGAGACUUCUGGUGGAACCCAGCCCCGGGGAAUAAUGCCUUUCUCCCUGGAGUGCCCAUCCAUAUUGCUACUAUCGACUACGGUUCUAUCCCUAAUGCUAACGUGAGCACGUGGACUUCGUGGCAUCGUCUAGAAGGUACAGCUGAUAGCAGAGGGUUGAGUCUGGACGCCAGUGAGAAAACCUUCUCCAAUAAACGCUAUCCUGAUUUCUUCACCGGACAACAGAUUAUCGCAACGAAGAGGAAUGGUGGUUGGGACUAUAUGGUUAAGUAUCGAUUCCGAGCUUAUCCUGCGAAAUUUAAAGAGUACAUCAAGUAUGUCAUUCGCGGCAAUCUGCAGGACAAAAAGUGA